AUGACUCCUAAGACAUCUCGCAAUAUUCCAAGUAGAAACUCAAUAACUAAAUAUGUCAACUCAAUUCUACAAUGCCAUGUUGUACUUGAUCGUUUGGAACAAACAGCAAUCAAUCAGAUAAUGCGAAAUUCAACUGAAGAUGAUAAAAGAAGCACUUUAUCGAUCUCAAUACCGGAUCAAUCAUUACGCAAAACUUGUAAAGCUCGUCGUUCAUUAUCAUCAAUAGCGACGAAUAAAACAACAACGACAAGGACAACUAUCACAACAAUGACAACAGAAAAAACCACUAUUAAACGUAAAUCAACAUCAAGCGACGUCACUCAACCAAAACGAGCAAAAUCAGUGAAUAAUAAUUGUACUAGUAUCAAUGAUAAUGAUAUUAAGAAUGAUGAUUUAUCUUCGCCAACAUACCAACGUAUUUAUUUAAAAUGCUUUGUUUGUUCAAAACGUGAAUAUGUUGAUGCACAAACAACAAAUAGUGAUGCUUUACAUUCUCACUGGCUUGAACAUGAUAGAGAUCUAUCAUUGAAUAUUUAUGAUUCUGAAAUAGAUUCCACUUUAACACGUGUUGUAGAGUUUUUUAAUUCACCCAAACAGCAUGUGCUGGAAGGGAAAAUUAAAACAGUCUUUAUACUUAAUUCAAAAGAAAUACGAUACAAAUCAACAACCAUUUCAACCACAAAUGAUUCAUGUAUUGUUAUUGAUUAA